AUGGACAAUCAGACGUGGCAAAUCAGAGCGAGUGAUGAUGGUAGUGGAUUCUAUUCCAUUGCGACUUUUGACGGAAAACUCUUCAUAAACUGCGCAAAUGAUGAAAAUUCCAUUUGCCAGGAAUCGGCCAGCAUUCAGUACUUCUUAAUCAAUGAACUGGGUGACGAAACCGAUAAUUAUGAAAUUCUCACUGAAGCUGGUGAACAUUUGUCCGCGACAGACGAAAGUCGACUGGAGUUUUCCGUGACUGGCUACCAUGAAUAA